AUGCGUACGUGUAAUCGUUGUUUAUGUUUUACUCUUGUGGUAACAUUAAUUAUUGUUGUUGUUCUAUCGUAUCUAUUAAAUAGUAUUAAAGAUUCUACAGUACCAUCAAAUAUUUUAAUUAGACAAACAGAAUGUAAUAAUUAUUCGAGACCAAUUAUAUUUAUUGGCGGAAUGCCAAGAUCGGGUACAACACUGAUGCGUGCUAUUCUAGAUUCACAUCCAUUAGUUCGAUGUGGUGAAGAAACACGUGUUGUACCAAGAAUUCUUAGUAUGAGAAGUGCAUGGAAAAAACAAACGGUUGAAUGGAAUAGAUUAAUUGCUGGUGGUAUAAGUGAAAAUAUACUUGAUUCAGCUGUACGUGCAUUUGUCUAUGAAAUUCUUGUUCGACAUGGAGGACCAGAUGCCGAUAUUCUUUGUGAUAAAGAUCCAUUUGUUCUAAAACAUGCUGUUUAUGUUACAACAAUAUUUCCAAAUUCAAAAUUUUUAUUAUUAAUUCGAGAUGGACGAGCAGUUAUUCAUAGUGUUAUGACGAGAAAAGUGACUAUAACUGGAUUUAGUCUAACAGAUUAUAAACAAAAUUUGAAAUCUUGGAAUCAAGGUAUUGACGUUAUGGUUAAAGAAUGCACAAAAAUAGGAGAUAGUAAUUGUUUAUUUGUUUAUUAUGAACAAUUAGUUUUACAUCCUCGAGUUACAAUUGAAAAAAUUCUCAAAUUUUUAAAUAUUCCAUGGGUUGAUAGUGUGUUACAUCAUGAUGAAUUAAUUGAUAAAAAAAUAUCAUUAUCAAAAACUGAACAUUCAAGUGAUCAAGUUAUUAAACCAAUUAAUUUAGAAGCAUUAACACGAUGGGUGGGACAUGUACCAGAUAAUGUAAAGAAUGAGAUUGAUACAUUAGCACCAAUGUUAAAGCAAUUAGGAUACGAUACAAAAUCAGAUAAUCCAUCAUAUGGUACUGCUGAUAGUCUAGUUAUUGAAAAUACGAAUAAUAUUAAACGUAAUAUUUCAUAUUGGAAUGAAAGAAUGAAACAAUAUGACAGAAAAAUGUCUAAUACAACAUCCAUAGCAUCAGUAAAAACGCUCACCGUCUUAUAG